AUGCUCAACAAACUUUGGAAAAGUUCCAGUUUAUUAUAUCGACGAAGAAUGAGCUCCAUCAGAAAGAAUGAGAACCAGCCUUUGAUUGAUGAGAGUGGAUCAGGAAGCGACGCUCGGGGGUCUAGUGCUUUUGACGAGCAAUUGCAGAAGGAAAUCGAGAGCUUUAAACGCACUCAGCAGGUUAGAUUGAAGAGACAGAAGGCCAAAAAACCUGGGCAAACAGCAGAACUUCGCGAUGAAGCUGGUUUUAAGCUAAGGCUAGCGGAUACCAACCAGAAAAAGCAUAAGCAAACGGAUCCAGAUUAUGAAGUUACAAUAGAGGGGCCACUCAGGAAAAUUGCGCCUUAUUACUUCACUUACAUGACUUUCUGUAAGUUGAGAUGGAGAGACAGGAAUCUGCUGGACGUGUUUGAGACUGAAUUCAGAGAUAGAGACAAAAGUUACUAUAAGAAAACUAUUGCUAGUGGCUCAGUUUUACUUAACGGCCAGCCAGCUAAUUUGGAGACUAUUAUACGGAAUGGAGACCUAAUUACACACAAGAUACAUCGACACGAGCCAGCGGUGACUUCAAGGCCAAUAGGAGUUGUGUUUGAAGACGAUGACAUCCUUGUGAUCGAUAAACCCUCCGGCAUACCGGUGCAUCCGACUGGUCGAUACAGGUUCAACACGAUAACCAAGAUUUUGGAGAAGCAAUGGGGUAAAACUGUACAUCCGAUAAAUAGACUGGACAGAUUGACCAGUGGACUGAUGUUUCUCGCUAAGACCCCAAGGGGAGCUGAUGAGAUGUCUGACCAAAUCAAAGCAAGAGAAGUGUCUAAGGAAUAUGUUGCGAGAGUCGUGGGAGAGUUUCCAGUUGGGGAAGUAUGUGUUGAAGAACCAGUAAGGUCUGUAGAACCGAGGCUGGGACUGAAUGCUGUAUGCAAGAACGAUGACGAGGGCGCAAAACAUGCAAAGACUGUUUUCAAGAGACUUAGUUACGAUGGCCAAACCAGUAUCGUCAAAUGUAAGCCUUUUACAGGAAGAACGCAUCAGAUACGCGUUCAUCUGCAAUUUUUGGGACACCCAAUAGCAAAUGAUCCCAUCUACUCGAACGUCACGGUCUGGGGACCCAAUUUGGGGAAGGGCUACAUAUCCGAUUUUCAGGAUAUUAUAAGCAAGCUAGAUCAAUACGGCCGAACCAAAUGCGCCGAAAGUUGGUAUGAGCCUGAUGCCCAAGGUGAAGCUCUAUUGGGCGAAAAAUGUUCCGUUUGCGAGACGGAUCUUUAUAGCGAUCCUGGCCCGAACGAUCUUGACCUAUGGCUACAUGCCUACCGGUACGAAUCGUUCGAGACAGACCCAAACACGAACAGGAAAAAAUGGAGCUACCGGACGAACCUGCCUUUUUGGGCCCUUGAACCGCACAGACAGUACAUGGAGCUUGCUCUGGAAGAGGCGGCCAAAUGCGGACCAACCACAACAGCCUUCAGUGUGGGCGCAGUGCUUGUGAAUGGGACCGAGGUUUUGUCUGUAGGGUAUUCGCGAGAGUUGCCAGGCAACACUCAUGCCGAGCAAUGUGCAUUGGAGAAGUACUUCGCCAAGACAGGCCAACGUGAAGUACCGCCGGGAACAGUAUUGUACACUACUAUGGAACCCUGUUCUUUCAGAUUAAGUGGCAAUGAGCCAUGCGUUCAAAGGAUUAUUGCACAAAAGGGCAGAAUUACGACUGUAUUUGUUGGAGUCAUUGAACCUGACACAUUUGUGAAGAACAAUACAAGUUCUAAGAUGUUAUCUGAUGAGCAGAUCGAGUAUAUUCAUAUUCCAGGUUAUGAGAAGAUUUGCACAGAGUUGGCGACAAAGGGUCAUUCUACAAAUGUAACAUAG